GCCACGCGGGGCCGCUCCUGCAGCCGGCUGGGCGGUGCGCCCGGGCAGCCUCCACCGCGCGCCGCGUCGCUGUAAUCGGACACCGAGCGCUCGCCCCCGGCGCCCGGCCACUUGCCAUUCACUCCGAGGUGCGGGGUUGAGCGACGUGGAGAAGGGCUCCGGGUGCCGCGGCUCUGCCGCCCGGGAUUCUUCUACAAAGAAACUCAGCACCGGCCGGCCAGAAUCUGACCCUCGGGGCUCUCUAAAUCGUUAAAGGUCUUCUGGGGAAAGGACCCGGGGAACUGAGAAUCCGAGACUGGAGCAAGUGGCUGACUGCUCGUGGAUCUCUGCCCGUCUCGGUAUUUUCUCUUGGAUAUUAAUUUCCAAAUCAGAAGAAAUGGCAUUCCAGGCGAUUUCUGUGUUGGUUGGAGUACUUAUUUGUUCUGCUUCUGUGCAAGGAUCUUCGCAGCCCCAAGCAAGGGUUUAUUUAACAUUUGACGAGCUUCGAGACACCAAGACCUCUGAAUACUUCAGCCUGUCCCAUCACCAGUUAGACUACAGGAUAUUACUAAUGGAUGAGGAUCAAGACCGGAUAUAUGUUGGGAGCAAAGACCAUAUCUUGUCCUUGAAUAUCAACAAUAUCAGUCAAGAACCGUUGAGUGUUUUCUGGCCAGCAUCAACAAUCAAAGUUGAAGAGUGCAAAAUGGCUGGCAAAGAUCCUACACAUGGAUGUGGCAAUUUUGUCCGGGUUAUUCAGACUUUCAACCGUACUCACCUGUAUGUCUGUGGGAGCGGAGCUUUCAGCCCGGUGUGCACUUACCUGAACCGAGGAAGGAGGUCUGAGGACCAAGUUUUCCUGAUUGACUCUAAAUGUGAAUCUGGAAAAGGACGAUGCUCUUUCAACCCCAAUGUGAACACUGUGUCCGUUAUGAUCAAUGAGGAACUCUUCUCAGGAAUGUACAUAGAUUUCAUGGGAACAGAUGCUGCUAUUUUUCGAAGUUUAACUAAGAGGAACGCAGUCCGAACCGAUCAACACAAUUCAAAAUGGCUGAGUGAACCUAUGUUUGUGGAUGCACACGUAAUCCCAGAUGGCACUGAUCCCAAUGAUGCCAAGGUGUAUUUCUUCUUCAAAGAGAAACUGACCGACAACAACAGGAGCACAAAGCAGAUUCAUUCCAUGAUUGCGAGAAUAUGUCCUAAUGACACUGGCGGACAGCGUAGUCUUGUCAACAAGUGGACCACAUUCUUAAAGGCAAGACUUGUGUGCUCAGUCACAGAUGAAGAUGGCCCAGAGACUCAUUUUGAUGAAUUAGAGGAUGUGUUUCUGCUGGAAACCGACAAUCCAAGGACCACCCUCGUGUAUGGCAUCUUUACCACGUCAAGCUCUGUUUUUAAAGGCUCGGCAGUGUGUGUGUAUCAUUUAUCUGAUAUACAGACGGUAUUCAAUGGGCCUUUUGCCCACAAAGAAGGGCCCAAUCACCAGCUGAUAUCCUACCAAGGUAGAAUUCCGUAUCCUCGCCCUGGAACUAGAAGAGGAGCCAUCCCCUCAUCAACCCACACCAGUUCAUCAAGUCACAUCAGGACUCAGCUUGUCCUCAUCUCCUGUGGCCUGGCGAGGUGCUUCCUUCAAAGCCGGGUGUGUGAGUGUGCUAGCAAACAGUCCAAACAGCAAGCACCAGAAAGUGCUGGGAAGACUGCCAAUUGUGUCAUAAUGUUUUUCCAUAAGUAUCUCAAGUCUGUGGAAGAAACAAGACACCUUUGGAGGAGCCGCAGACAGGAUGUGAGGCACGGGAAUCCACUGACGCAAUGCCGAGGGUUCAAUCUGAAAGCAUACAGAAAUGCAGCUGAAAUUGUUCAGUACGGAGUGAGAAAUAACAGCACGUUCCUGGAGUGUUCUCCCAAGUCCCCACAGGCAUCUGUCAAGUGGCUGCUGCAGAAAGACAAAGACAGGAGGAAAGAGGUUAAGCUGAAUGAGCGCAUUAUAGCCACCUCCCAAGGACUGCUGAUUCGCUCUGUUCAAGAUUCUGACCAAGGGCUAUACCACUGCAUUGCCACUGAGAACAGCUUCAAGCAGACCAUAGCCAAGAUUAACUUCAAAGUUCUAGAUUCGGAAAUGGUGGCAGUUGUGACAGACAAGUGGUCCCCAUGGACAUGGGCUGGCUCUGUGAGGGCUCUACCCUUUCAUCCAAAGGACAUCCUGGGGGCAUUCAGCCACUCUGAAAUGCAGCUCAUCAACCAGUACUGCAAGGACACCCGGCAGCAGCAGCAGCUAGGAGAAGAACCACAGAAAAUGAGAGGGGACUAUGGCAAGCUGAAGGCUCUCAUCAACAGCAGGAAAAGCAGGAACAGGAGGAAUCAGCUCCCAGAGUCAUAGAGCGUUCACCCAUGGGGCUUUGCUUCUAGCAACAAAUGCUCUGUCUUCACUGGUCAACUACUGAGCAAAGCCUUGUGCUUUACCCAUGAGAAAUUCUUGACAAAAGCUGGAGACUCGCUCUAACCUGCCUUCUCUGUGAACUGAACUGAGCAUGCAUCUUCUUGUAUGAUACAGACUAGCACUAGACAUGUCAUGGUCCUCAUGGUGCAUAGAAAUAUUUAACUUAUCCCAGAUUUUAUUUAUAUCUUUAUGUGUCUUUUCUUCAACAUCUUCAACAGAAGCAGAACUGUUACACCCUCGGAUGAGCUAGGGCCAUAAAUUACCCUGUGCUGUUUCUGCUCUAGGGGUUUAGCUUUCUGAUUGUCAGUGGGUUUUAUAUAUGAAAACGAAUUCCAGUUCACAAUUUUCACAUGGUAAAUGUCAUAUAAAUGCAUGUGACAGAAUCGCCAUCCAAAGUCUCGUAGGUUAGACAAAUGACAGGCAAGAGAGCAUCCAGAUGUUAUAUAAAAGUAGGAGCGACUCAUAAAAAGAAUGUGAUGACUUCAUAUGCUUCCAGUGAAUUAUAAUCUUGCUUGUUCCUUUGUCUAAGAUUGUAAGAUGUGUCAGUUGCUGAUACCUGCCAUCAAUUUUUGUUCUCUUGCUUCAGAAAGAAAAAACGAAUAACCUGUUUCAUCCAGGCCUUUGAUGGGAAAUAUAUUAGUGAGGCCUUGACGUCUCUACUGUUACUUUAUCAUCUUCCAAACAAAAGCACUUUGUUUUUUUGGAAGUUAUUUAAGUUAUUAUAGAGCUACAUAUACUCUUGCAUUAUUUAAUUGAUUUACUGUUUUGAUUUUAAUUUCCUAGCCUAUUUAGAAAAUUAAACAAAACAAGAAUGAAACAUUGUUAAAAGCAUCCAAUGUUCCCAGGGAGAGUGAAGCUAUCAAAAAAGACAAUUAAGAUCAAAGUGUAAAAUGUGCUGUGUAAAUGAAUUUGUAACAUGUAGCUUGUUUUCAAUUUUAGCAAUCAACUUCUGUGAUUAAUUCCUACAUUUGUUUCACAUAUCGUACUGAUUUUUCAAGCAAGAUACGGUUUUGUAAUCAUAUGUGUGUGAUGGAGAAGUUUCGUCAAGAAAGAAAAUUUCAACACAGUCUGAACAGAAUACUUUUUAUAAAGAGUAUCUCUUUUGCUCACGCAUUUUUCCAUUUGGUAAUACUUUUUUUUAAUAAUGUUGCUACUCAUGUUCAGGGAUCUGUGCAACCAUGGAAAAUUUAAUAUUAAUAAUUAUCUGUGUUUGGAUUGUUUUAUGAGGUAAGUAUAAUACUAAAAUUAAUUUCUCCAAUUUAAAAACAAAAUGGGUAAAAUAUGAGAAAUUUUCUCGCAUUCCCUUAAUUAUACAACUUUAAUUUUUAUUUAAUUUCAUAUAAUAUAUGUUUGUAUUUCCAGGGGAAAAAAAAAAUUUUACAAAACACUAUUGAAACACACUUUUUAUUAGCAAUUCAUAGUAAAGGUAAUAAUAAGGGUAUACCUCUUUUCUUAGUAUUAUAGACAAAACUCCAGGAGGUAAAAUUAUGGGUAGGGGUGUAAGUUGCUGGUAGAUUCCAUGUUUAGUAUGUACAAGAACCUGGGCUCAAACAGAAAGAAAUGAAGGGAGAAAGGGAGGAAGAGAGACAGGUAGGACAGAAGGACAGACAGACAUCAAAGAGGGCAGGAAAGAGGAAGAUGGAGGUAAUACAUUCAUUAUCAGAAGAUAAAAAUUUAGUUAAGAGAUAGUAAACUCUGAUGUUCCAAGAGCCCACUUCAGUGUUGUAAAAAAACCACAGUUAAAACAAGGCAUAAAUGUCACCCAAAUGUGUAUAGCGCCGCAGUAAUCUAUUGUGUUUUCAUAUGCAAAUUGUUUGCAUGCUUAAAAUGUUCACAUCUUGGUUUUUUUCUUAUAUACGCAAAAAAUAGCAGUUUGUUUACAUGCACUGCUAACACCACCCUCUGUGUUUGUAAUCAGUCUAUUUUAUGACCAGAGUAAAAACGACUUCCAAGGCACAGUUUACUUGCUCUCUGUAGAGUCAGCCUGCUAGACACCGGUGUUUAGUUCUGUGCUAUUACUUGUCUGAUUUAAUACCUCCUGUUCUGUUUUUUUUUACCAUAAUUACGUCUUAAAUCCUCCAUUCUUUUCUUUUAAAGAUAUAAAAAUAACUGUCCAACAUAACCCUGCCAAAUGUAAAGUAUAUGGAUUUCUCAAAAACAUAAUGCAUAUUGAAUGUGGGUGACUCGUUGGUUUUAUUUUUGUGUAUGUGGACAAUUUAAUGACUUGAUAUGUUUUUCUUUUCUGUUGUACAUAGAAUUACCUAGAGAUGCACUUUUUCCCCAAGAAUGUAGGUUUGUGAAUAGAUUUAGCAUGAUGAAGCUGUCAUUACAGUGAAUGCUCACCCUUUGUAGAGAAAGCAAACUAGAUAUAGUCACCUCAUGAAAAUUUAAUUAGAUGUUGAAGAAAUCGUUUGUCUGGCAAAAUAAAACAUUGAAUUCCCCUGAGAAUGUCUUUCACUUUCCUUUUUAACAUUGUA